AUGGAUAAAGACAAACAUGCAAUAUGGACCAAAAAAAUCCAGAAGAUACGUUGUACUGUUUCGAAUACAACACAGUUACUCACCCGACUUCACGCUGAUAUUAAAGAGCGAAGUGAACGAUGGCCUUUUGGUGAAAAGUCGUUUCAAAAAGCCGCAACGAUUACCUCCGAAUGGUAUCAUUUAUUUCUUCUAGCAAUCAGUCAUCAACCUCAAUGUAUUGAAAAAUCUUAUCGUGAAAUGCUCGACGAAUGUCGAAUUUACUAUAAGAACAAUCAUUAUAUGCUCAAACAAAUUGACGAUUUCGCACAAAAUUGCAACUCUUAUAGUGCAAUUCGUGAAUAUACAAGAGAUAGUUUUCUUUAUCGCAUUACCAAUCGUGCUUUACGCACACAAAAUAUGGAAAUUAUCAAGAAAUUUAGUCCAUUUAUCACGGAUCUACAUUCUCAAUUACAUGAAAAUUAUCGAGAGUAUUAUAAUUCCAAAAUAUAUCCAAUGCGUGCCGUGUAUCGAGGACAACUUUUGAGCGUCGAUGAACUUAAAUACCUUCGUUCAGUUUGUGAAUCGACAAAUCCCGUUAUUAAGUUGACGACAUUUGGUUCUGCAUCACUCGAUCCUGAAGUUGCAAUGAAUUUUGUAGCUUUUUCAAACGAUCGUAUUCCUUGCUUAUUUGAGAUUAUUAUAACCGACGAGUACAAGAUAGAAGAAAGCGAUGCAUUGGAUGUUACACAAACGUUUGCAAAUAUUUCCUCAUUAUCAAACAUUCCAGAUGAGCAAGAAGUGCUCUUUUCUCUUCUAACACAUUUUCGUGUGAAAGAUAUCGGUGAUCUAUUUGAUCACCCUUAUGGUCGAUGGGUGCCAAUUACACUCGAGCUCAUCAAUGCUAAGACGAGACACUAUGCUUAUACUCAACUGCAUUUUAUCCAAUGCAUCAAAGAGGAAAAAAAUCCACAACAUUAUGCCGAUAUUUUAAAUGUUUUAAAGGUGAUGACCGAAGAUGAAGUGAGAUUCAAUAAUAUGAAUUGGAAAAAAUGGUGGUCAAUUUCCGCAAAACAAUGGGGAACAGAUGCAGCACGUGAUCAGCCGCUACUUCUAACAUUAUAUCAAUGUUUUAGGAAUGAUAAAUAUUAUUCGAGAAAAGCAAUUGAAAUGCACAAAGACAUUCUACGUUCUGUUCCUAGUGUCGAAUCAAAUCAGUCAUCUUUUUCCUAUCUAUUUAAAGAAUUUAAGAUUUGGCAGGAGAUACCUACGAAAUGUAUUGCCCUAUACGAACAAUAUUUAAAACAAUUUUGUACUUCGAAUACAAUGGAAACCGUUGAAUGUCUCUAUUAUGCUGGACAAACUUAUGAAAGAAUUUGUGAUAAAGAGCGCGCAUUAGAAUGUUAUGAAACAGUUCUUGCACUGGAUGAGUCCAACAAGUUCCAAAAGAAUAUUAAAAUACAACAGCAGAUAAAAAAAUUAAAAAAGCCUUCUAAAACAGAUCGAAUGGUGAACAAUGAAUGCACAGCAGUGGUAAAAGAUACUGACAAAGAAUUUUCAAGAAGGUAUGAAGUAGAGCAAGAGCAAACAUCAGCUUACCGUAAUAUCAAGAGUAGCGUUGCUUACAAGUCUUCUAUAGAAAGUCGUCUAGAACGACUCUUGCAAUAUCUUAUAUAUCGUGAGGAGUGGUAUGAUGCGGCUGACUCAAAGAUUAUUCUUCGUUUACCAUACGAAAAUACUCCGGAUCUGUCGGUUAACGAUUAUCGCUCCUAUUUUUUAUCUGCUGUAGAAAGACAUAUAUCCUCGAGUAUUACAACAACGGACGCAACUAACAAUCAUUCUCUUUCUCUCUGGCGUUAUCAAAAAUAUAUGCAUGAAUGGACUUUGUUCAAAGCAUUAGAGAAAUUUUUACAACCAUUUAAAAAGAAAUCAAAAUGUAUUAGCAACCGCAUUCUUCCUCGACUUGAGCGAUUUCUAAAAAAACUUAGCGUGCUCACUACCCUAUGUACUGCUUAUAUAUGUAUUAAACAAAGAAGUGGCAAAAUUAACGUGAAUAAAGUUCAAUUUAUCAACCUCACAAACACAAAAACGAGACAACUCAUUUUCUUCGAUCUUGGUGAUGGCGACCUACUAGAUGGCCUUGAAGCACUUGAAGAAAAAAGUUCAGCUGUUGAAGAAACCUCUAUCACUAUUCCAGAUCACAAAAGGCUGGUUCCAAUGGAACUUGGCGACUUUAUAUAAACAAUGGGGAGAGUGUAAUUUACAACUGAGCAUACCACGAUCGGUUUCGUCCUUGCUCAAGGGACUCCUCAGGUGGUUUAAGACAUUUUAAUUCGAUUAUAAUUAAGAAUCAAAUUAAAACCUCAUCUUGAGGGUGAGAGACUAGCUGUCGUUACGUAUUUCGAUCCAGCUACGGAUUUCAUCAGAUGGCUUUAAUCUCUAAUCCGAUUUAAUAAAGAAUCAAGUCGAGAAUAUUUUACUCUGUUACAAAUUCAGUACAAAACUAAAUUGUAAUGGUAAAAUUAUUUGGGAGUAGUGAGACUAGCUAUCAUGACGC